AUGGACACUCUCUCCGGUUCCGUAUGUCGGGCUUGUCGUCUGCGACUGUUCCUCAAUUCACCCUCCUCCUCCUUCUCCUCUGCUACAACCAUCCGAACGUUUGCAUCGACGUCGUCUCGUCUGCACAUACCUCCGGAAUCGCCAGCCUUCAUUGACGUUCCCGAGCCUCACCAACCCGUCGGCGAGCCCAAGCCGCAGGUCAAGGGCAUCCUGCCGGUCCCACGCGAGCUCUUCCCCCGUCGCCGCCCGGACAAGCCGGGGCAGGAAUACCUCGCCAAUGUCACGCGCGACCCCCUCCCCAAGAACGUGCCGCACCCGGACCACCUCAGCGAGACGGGCCGGUACAAGCAGCGGAUGGCGGAGCUGCGCAAGGCCCAGCUGCGCGAAGGGCUCCAGGAGCUGCACAGGCGCAAGGUGCACAUCGACGGCCAGAUCGCCUACCGCAGCCAGGCGCGACAGAAGCAGAACGCGCGGCUGACGACGCAGGCGCAGCGCGAGGACGAGCGGCUCACCAACGCGACGGUGCCGAGCGCCAUGAAGCUGCGAGGGGGCCACCACGAGCUGUCGCCCGAGGACGAGGACGCCCUCUACGACUCCCGCGUGCAGGCGUACCAGGCGAAACGGGCCGCGAAGCACGCGGACCGCCUCGACAGGCUGCACACGCUGUACAUGAACGCCCGCCACUUCAUCACCACCAAGGAGCAGCUGGCCGACGCCAUCGACCAGGCCUUCCAGACCACCAAGAGCAUCUGGGAUCGACAGGGCCCGCCGGACACGGUCGAGGACAUGAUCAGGCGAGGAAGGGACAGGACCGGAGACCAGGGCAGAGGCGGCCUGAGGUUGUCGUCCGAGGUCAACGAGCGAGUCUUGAAGGACCAGGAGCGCAUGCAAAAGAUUGCUGAGAAGUUGAGCGGUGGAAAAAUGUAG